GCAUUUUACUGCCACUCUUCCCACUAAUAUUUCCUAAACCUGGUAAACCAGUGACGUAUACAUGAUGUCAUGCGCGAUGUCAUCAAUUUGCGCCUAAAUCUGAUGGAAGGAGCUCAGCUGUCAAAAUGUGUACUGUACACGUGGGGAGCCAACAGUCACGCGCAGCUCGGACAGGGACACACGGAAGAUCAAGCCGAGCCGCGGCGCGCAGAUGUCGGACUGCAGGCAGAGAAGAUCCGCUGCAUGACCGGAGGAGGUGGACACUCGGCUCUCAUCACAGAAUCAGGUGACCUGCUGAUGUGUGGACAGAACCACAAAGGUCAGUUAGGACUCAGUCACACUACAGAGGUCAUAACCUUUCAACUCUGCCCUCUGCCUGGUGGUAAAAGAGUUCAGCAGGUGUCCUGUGGUUGGGACUUCUCUGUUAUCCUCACUGGUGACAACGGCCAGGUCUGGGCGUGCGGCUCCAAUGCGUUUGGACAGUUGGGCGUCUCGCCAAGAAUAACACACUCAGCAGAACUUUUACAUGUGAAAACCCUGAAAGAGCCGGUAACCAGUGUGGCUGCAGGGCUUAGACACACAUUAGCAAGUACAGCAUCAGGUUGUGUUUAUCAAUGGGGAACUGGCCUGUCGAGUCACGCUAAGAGAAUGUUAAAUCCCCAACCUGUUCCUGCACAUCUGUCCUCUAAGGAGCCUUGCAUUGUCCCGGGGUUUGAUCACGUGACCUCACAGAAGGUUGUUGCAGGCUCCACCCACUGCAUUUGUUUGACAGUCGAAGGUGACGUGUUCCUCUGGGGGAGUAAUAAACAUGGUCAGCUGGUCAGCGAGAGCCUUUUCCUGCCCCUUCCUGUGGCUUUGGAUCGAUCUCUGCUGCAGGGUGAGAGAGUGAUUGACGUUCACAGCGGCUGGACGCAUCUUGUCGCAGUAACUGAGAGUGGGCGGGUCUUUACAUGGGGCAGAUCUAAUUACGGACAGCUAGGACAGACCAAUCUGAGUACAGAAAAAGAGUCUGACACUGUGACAAGCUCUGGCCACCCCGUCGAGGUUAAAGCUUUAUUUGGAGCAACACAGAUUGCAUGCGGAUCUGAACACAACCUAGCUCUUGUGGGGGGUCGGAUCUUCUCGUGGGGCUGGAAUGAACACGGAAUGUGCGGAGACGGUUCCCUUUUUGAUGUCACACAACCUCGGCCAAUACCCCAUCUCAGAGACGCUAGCGCUCUUCUGAUUGGCUGUGGAGCAGGACAUUCAAUGGCACUAUGCAGUUUGAAGAGCAAUGAGGAUUCAGCAAGCUGAACAGGGCAUUCACUGAUGUAUCUGGGAUUGUACAAUCAGUGGUGCAUUUGCAACCACUUAAAAAGACUGGAAUUCAAUGGGAAAACAUGAAUUCAAUAAGAUGCACGUUCACUGGAUGAGUUUAACAGUUCACUGCUGAAAUGGCCAUUCAUGCUUCCUUCGCAGUGUCAGACGUCAAGGAUAAUUUCCUCUGACCUUUUACCUGACAGUGACAGAAAAAACUUUAAAUAACCUUCACUGUAGAGCCUUCACUCAAUCUCCCAGGAAACCCUGUGACGGGGAAAUCAUUUGAACGCAAAGUGAUAAUCUACUAAAGACUGGACAGGGGGCAGGUUUAAAAAAGUGAUUUUUUUUAAUACUAUUUACAACAGGAUCUGCAUUUUCAUGCAUUUAAAUAAAAUAAUUUUGAUAUAAGAUACAAUAAAAACAAUCACUCAUUUCCUGGUAAAAAAAAAAAAAAUCCUUUAUUUUCAAAAGUUAACAAAUUUGCGACAGCUUUUUUUUAUUUUUUCUGUCAAAAAAUAACAUGCACAAUAUACAGUAAUUUACAGUUCACUCGUUGAGAUUCGCCUGUGUUUUUUAUAAAAUUUAGUACUGUGUUAACAUUUUAUUUUAUGUUUUAUCAUAAUUUUUUGCAUUUAAUUAGUCAGAUAUGUAUGUUCAUGCAGCUACUACUAUUUUUGUAUAUGCACUGCCUAAAAACUAAGGUUGAAAAAUCCACAAAACACACAGAAUCUGUGUUAGUGCUUUUUAUUAUCACUAUUUUGUUUUCAUUGCUUUUUUUUUAUUCUUUCUUCAGAAAAAGACACAAAAUUGCCUUAACAAUAUGUCAACUCAAACCAUCAAUGAAAACACCAUUUGGUUUUAGAUAACUAUCCAUACUAUGCACUGCAAUGUGCUGAAAAACACAAGGAGCAUCUCACAAAACAGCACAAACAUUUGGGAUGCAACCUUUUGCUAGAAGGUUUACUGUGUCCAAAAACUAUGCAGUCAUAAAGGCUGUGAACCAUUGGAGGUUUAUAGAUAUAUAGUUUUAUUUCAUACUGAUGUUUGUGCUCUGAUGUGGUUGGGUCUUUGAACAGUCCAGCAUAUUGUAUGGAAGUGACCCAACAUGGGUAUUUCUCAUGAUACAACUGGCAGUGCGCUAGUUUGGUCCCAAAGAAUUGGGUUUACUUCACAUUUUCACAACAAUGAAAAAUAAAUGUCGAAACUAACUUAAGACACAGUA